CGGCUGCCUCCGCGCGUCCGCACGGCCCUCGUCCGCGCCAGGAGGGGACAGUCAGGCCCCGGCGGGCGGCCGGCCGGGGGGCGCCCGGGAGAUGUGGAACCGCCGCGCCGGCGCGACAGGACCCGCGCCCCCUAGAUUAUAGCCUUUGCGUUCCCUUGGCCUGCCAUGGAGCCCUGCUGGCCCCUGCUGCUGGCAGGUAUUAACCUGCCACUCGCCAGGGCACUUCAGGGCAACGAGAACACCACAGCAGACGGCAACUGGACCACCACCACCUCAGGCCCCCCAGACCCGGGCACCUCCCAGCCGCUGCUCACCUGGCUGCUGCUGCCGCUGCUGCUGCUGCUCCUGCUGCUGCUGUUCGCCGCCUACUUCUUCAGGUUCAGGCGGCAGCGGAAAGCCGUGGUGAGCAGUGGCGACAAGAAGAUGCCCAACGGGAUCUUGGAAGAACAAGAGCAGCAGCGAGUGAUGCUGCUGAGCCGGUCGCCCUCGGGGCCCAAGAAGUAUUUCCCCAUCCCAGUGGAGCUGCUGGAGGAGGAGAUCCGCCUGCGCUCGGCUGACGACUGCAAGUGCUUCCGAGAGGAGUUCAACUCGCUGCCAUCUGGACACGUGCAAGCAACGUUUGAAGUGGCAAAUAAAGAAGAAAACAGAGAGAAAAACAGAUACCCCAACAUCCUGCCCAAUGAUGACUCACGGGUGAUCCUGAGCCAGGUGGACGGCCUCCCCUGUUCAGACUACAUCAACGCCUCCUACAUUGACGGCUACAAGGAGAAGAACAAAUUUAUAGCAGCGCAAGGCCCGAAGCAGGAGACGGUGGAGGACUUCUGGAGGAUGAUCUGGGAGCAGAAGUCGGCCACCAUCGUCAUGCUGACCAACCUGAAGGAAAGGAAGGAGGAGAAGUGCUACCAGUACUGGCCCGACCAGGGCUGCUGGACCUACGGGAACAUCCGCGUGUGUGUGGAGGACUGCGUGGCCUUGGUGGACUACACCAUCCGCAAGUUCUGCAUUCAGCCACAGCUGCCCGAUGGCUGUAGAGCCCCACGGCUGGUCUCACAGCUGCACUUCACCAGCUGGCCGGACUUCGGGGUGCCCUUCACCCCCAUCGGGAUGCUCAAAUUCCUGAAGAAGGUGAAGGCCGUCAACCCCACGCACGCGGGGCCCAUUGUGGUCCACUGCAGUGCCGGUGUGGGCCGGACGGGCACCUUCAUCGUCAUCGAUGCCAUGAUGGCCAUGAUGCACGCUGAGCAGAAGGUUGACGUCUUCGAGUUCGUGUCACGCAUCCGCAACCAGCGGCCACAGAUGGUGCAGACGGACAUGCAGUACACGUUCAUUUACCAAGCCUUGCUGGAGUACUACCUCUACGGGGACACCGAGCUGGACGUGUCCUCCCUGGAAAAGCACCUGCAGACCCUGCACAGCAGCACCACGCACUUCGACAAGAUCGGACUGGAGGAGGAGUUCCGGAAACUGACGAAUGUGCGGAUCCUGAAGGAGGACAUGAGGACAGGCAGCCUGCCGGCCAACAUGAAGAAGGCCAGAGUGAUCCAGAUUAUCCCCUAUGACUUCAACCGAGUGAUUCUUUCCAUGAAAAGGGGCCAGGAGCACACAGACUACAUCAACGCGUCCUUCAUAGACGGCUACCGGCACAAGGAUUACUUCAUAGCCACGCAGGGGCCGCUGGCGCACACGGUCGAGGACUUCUGGAGGAUGGUGUGGGAGUGCAAGUGCCACACGAUCGUAAUGCUGACAGAGGUUCAGGAGAGAGAGCAGGAUAAAUGCUACCAAUACUGGCCGACAGAGGGCUCAGUGGUUCACGGAGAAAUAACCAUCGAAAUCAAGAGCGACUCACUGUCUGAGGGAAUCAGCGUGCGGGACUUUCUGGUGACCUGCAGUCAGUCACUGGCCCGCCAGGAGGAGCAGGUCCGCGUGGUACGCCAGUUCCACUUCCACGGCUGGCCCGAGAUCGGGAUCCCUGCUGAGGGCAAAGGCAUGAUCGACCUCAUCACGGCCGUGCAGAAGCAGCAGCAGCAGACGGGCAACCACCCCAUCACCGUGCACUGCAGUCGCUUGCUCCCUGCAGCGCUGGGGGCCGGGCGCACGGGCACGUUCAUUGCCCUCAGCAACAUUCUGGAGCGAGUCAAGGCCGAGGGGCUCUUAGACGUCUUCCAAGCUGUGAAGAGCUUACGGCUUCAGAGGCCACACAUGGUGCAAACUCUGGAACAGUAUGAAUUCUGCUACAAAGUGGUACAAGAUUUUAUCGAUAUAUUUUCUGAUUAUGCUAAUUUCAAAUGAAGAUUCCUGCCUUAAACUAUUUUUUAAUUUAAUGGUCAGUAUAUUUUGUAAAAACACAUUAAUUUAUUUCGUAGUUCACAGUACGAGCCUCCCUUGUCUCUGUGUAUAUUUUGUUAUGCUUUAAAAGACUUGCUGUGAUAAAGUCAUUCAAUCCUAAAGCCCCUUUUCUGAACUUGGAAUAACAUUAAGCUCAGAGAAUAUGCCACCAAAUAUAUAUUUCUGCUAAUAUCAGCAAAUAUCUUGCCAUUUCCUUAGAGUCAUGUCACUUCAACA